AUGUUCUCUCUCAAAGCGAUCUUUGGCUUGCUCUCCGGGCUCUCUGUUGUCAUCCUCGCGCACGGGCAAACAACAGGUACCACGACGACGACUUGGGACUGCUGCGAGCCCGCAUGCGGAUACGUCUCGAACCUCUCUCCAGGUGCUCGCGGGCCUGUGCAAUCCUGUAGCAAGACCAACGGCGCCGCUGCGGCCGGAGCGCAGAACGCGUGCUUCGCAUCCUCGGGCACCCUGUCGUUCUCUUGCGACAAGUACCAGCCGAUCAUCGUGAACAGCACGCUCUCGUACGGCUUCGCUGGGCACGGGAACACCGCUACUGCCACUUGCUGCAAGUGCUACGAGUUCACCUGGACUUCGGGUGCCGGUGCAGGCAAGUCCAUGAUCGUGCAAGCGAUCAACGCUGGAGGUAUCACGGACACAGACUUCGACAUCUACACUCCAGGUGGAGGUGUCGGAGCUGGAACAGACUUCAACGCCUGCACGGCCCAAUACGGCGCUCCAUCCGGAGGGUGGGGAAGACAAUACGGAGGCGUGACUUCGGAUGCCGAAUGCUCCCGGCUGCCGUCGAACCUGCAAGCCGGGUGCCACUGGCGUUGGCAAUGGGCCGGUGGCGACGUGAACGAAUGGCAAACUACCUACAAGCAGGUGAACUGCCCCUCGCAGCUAACAAGUCUGUCCGGAUGUACGCCGGCUGCUAUCUGA